UCAAAAGUCAAAAUCACAAAAUGUUAUAAAACAUGGCUGAUUUGAUUGGCAAACUUACAUCGUGAUAUUUAGACGUUACGUUAUAAUAGUAUUAGUUGAUUUUGUAAAUUUAGUGAUAAUAAGGAUUAAAAAGUGAAUAAAAUAUAAGUACUGUAAGUUUUUUUUUAAAUCUUGCGAGUGGCGACAAAAUUAAUGAUUAUCAGCGUACGCGUCACAUUGACAUAGUGAGAAAGUGUUGGGAAGUCGCCUCGCGAAUGAAGGCGUAAUUAUUUUCUGUGAUUGUGCGAUGUCGUUUCCACCUCGGCCUCCGAUGGUGCCUUACGGGAUCGCUCCAGGGGUAGUCACAAUGCCAAUGGCCACUCAUGUAAUGGUGGGAGCGUACAGUGGCACAGUGACUACGGGCGGGGGCUCAGGCCGUGGUGCACUGCUGCCCGCACCCAAAUCUGGCCGUACUGUGCCAAGACACACCAAUGGUAAAGACCAUGAUGGACCCGCUGUCACAGUCUUCAUAGGCAACAUCAGCAGCCGCGCGCCGGAAGCGAUGAUCCGCGCGCUGCUGUCUGCGUGCGGGCCGGUGCUCAGCUGGAAGCGCGUCUCCACCUUCGGCUUCUGCGAGUUCGCGGGCCCCGAGGCGGCGCUGCGCUGCGUGCGGCUGCUGCACGACUUCCCGCUCGCAGACAAGAAGCUGCUCGCCCGCACCGACGGCAAGAUGCAGGGCCUCGUGGACACAUACAAGACGGAGCAGCGGUCGCGCAUGGCAGGCGAGGAGGCAGGUGGUGCGGGGGGUGCUGGGGGUGCGGAGGGGGCGGCGGGCGAGGCGGACUCGUACCUGGACGCGGCGCAGCGCGCGCUGGACGAGGCGGCGCAGCGCCGGCUGGCCGACAUCGUGCGUGACCACCAGCACGAGAUCAACAACUACGAGCUGCUGCAGCAAGAGGAGGCGAUAUCGAAGACGGCGCGCGUGCUGGAGGAGGCGGACAUCUCGGAGGAGAAGCGGGACGUGAUCCACCGGGAGAUCGGCAAGUUCCGCGAGAGCAUGAAGGAGGAGGCGGACGUGGUGGUGCGCCGCAAGCGAGACAACAACAAGGAGGACCGCGAGCGCGAGCGAGACCGCGACAGGGACCGGGACCGCGAGCGAGACAAGGACCGCGACCGCGACAGAGACCGCGAGAGGGAGCGGGACAGGGAAAGGGAGAGGGAGAAGGAGCGCCGCCGGACCAGUCCCGCCGGGACCAAGGAGCGUCGCGAAGACAGAGACCGAGACCGGGACCGGGACAAGGACCGGGAGCGGGAGCGCGAGCGCGAGCGCGAGGAGCGCGACCGGGAGCGAGAGCGGGAGCGGGAGAGGGAGGUGCGCGAGAGGGAGAGGGAACGAGAGGCGCGCGAGCGGGAACGCGAGAGGGAGCGGGAUAGAGAGAGGGAACGAGAAAGGGAACGCGAGAGGGAGAGGGAAAGGGAACGAUCUCGAGACCGGGAGCGCGACAGGGACAGGGAGAGGUCGCGCGGCCGCAGCAGGAGCGAGGCGGACGCGCGCCGGGAGAAGGAGAUAGAGGAGGAGCUGCGCGAGAAGAAGCGGCUCGAGAAGAAGGCGCGCGAGAAGGAGGCCGCCUACCAGGAGAGAUUGCGCAACUGGGAGACGCGCGAGCGACGCAAGAUGAAGGAGUACGAGAAGGAGCGGUCGCGGUCGCGCGGGCGCGAGGAGGAGCGCGAGCGCGAGGCCAAGCGGCUGAAGGAGUUCCUCGAGGACUACGAGGACGAGCGCGACGACCACAAGUACUACAAGGGCAAGGAGCUGGCGCGCAGGCUGGGCGCGCGCGUGCGCGAGGCCGAGGCGGACGCGCGCGAGCGGGCGCGCGAGGCCGACGAGCUGGAGGCGCUGCGCCGCGAGCUCACCGCCAACGCCUCGCCGCGCGCCGCCGCCGCCGCCUGGGAGCGCGCGCGCCGCGAGCACGACGAGCGCUACACGCCGCGCGCGCUGCUGCCCGACCAGCCCGCGCGCGCCGCCGCCCGACACCUGGCGCGCGCCGCGGCCCGCCACCGCCACCUGCAGGCGCGCGCGCGCCGCGACCUGCCCGCCGCCGCCGAGACCAUCGACUCCGACGACGCGGCCGACUCCCUCGCCGCCUCGCUCACCCCGCCCGCGCCCGCCUCGCCCGCCUCGCCCCGCUCGCCCCGCUCGCCGCCCUCGCCGCCCUCGCCGCACUCGCCCGGCGACCCGCCCCCCGCGCCCGCCGCCCGCGAGCCCACCCCGCACGACCACAGGGACCACCGCGACCACCACGCCCACCACGAACACCACGACCACCGCGACCACCACGAGCCCCGCGAGCCGGGCACCACGCCCCCGCGCCGCCGACACCGCAGGAGACACCGCCGCGCCGAGACCCCGCCCCUGACCGACACGCCGCCCGCACACAGCGGCGGCAGCACGCCCCCCCGGCCCGCCACGCCCGACCAGCCGGCGCGGGCGCAGCAGACGGUGGGUGGUGCGGGUGGUGCGGGGGGUGCGGGGGGCGCAGUGAGCGCGGUGUCGGGCGGCAGCUCGCCCAUCAGCAUCAGCUUCCGCACCAAGCCCAGCCCCACGCCCUCCGCCGACACGCCCACACAGGACGGGCGCAUGCGGCGCGUGCACGCGGCCUUCGCGCGCGACGACGACGACGCCCCGCCCCCCAACAAGGAGAAGCCGGGCGGCGGCCGGAGGACCAGCACCGGCGGCAAAGACCCGGAUAAAGGCAAAAAGGGCGAGGGCGGGGAGGGGGAGAAGGAGAAGGAGAAGGAGAACAAGUGCGCGGAGGAGAAGCGCAAGCACAUCAAGAGUCUCAUCGACAAGAUCCCCACGCAGAAGGAGCAGCUCUUCCAGUACAAGCUCGACACCUCGCAGAUCGACAACGUGCUGAUGGAGAAGAAGAUCCGGCCCUGGAUCAACAAGAAGAUCAUCGAGUACAUCGGCGAGCCGGAGCCCACGCUGGUCGACUUCAUCUGCAGCAAGGUGCUCGCCGGCAGCGCACCCGCCGGCAUCCUCGACGACGUGCAGAUGGUGCUGGACGACGAAGCGGAGGUGUUCGUGGUGAAGAUGUGGCGGCUGCUCAUCUACGAGCUGGAGGCGAAGCGCGCCGGACUGCACAAGUGAGCCGCUCACCCCAGCUCACUCCAGCUCACUCCAGCUCACCACAACGACGAUACUGUGUACGUAGUGAUAAGGUCCAAAUUCCUAUUUGAACGUGUAUUGUAAGUGCGAGAGCAGAUAACUGUUCUGUUGUAAAUAGCUACGAGAUGAUAUAACUUGAAUCAAUACUAAACAGUACGCAACUGAAGCGCCUCCAUACUAAUUUAUAUUUCUUUCAUAUUUAGAUAUAUAUAAAGUCACUUUCUGUUUUCUUAAGGUUUCGUUUGGAUCAGAUCUUUUUGUAUGGAAGAGGUAAAAAGUUGUAAACAUCACAUUUCUUGUAACAAAUGAUGAAAUCAGUGAUGUUUCUAUAGCGACGACAAACAAACAAACAAACAAACAAACAAUAUGUAAUGUAACUACUAGUAAUAAUAUUGAUUUAUAUUGUACAUUAUACAGUUUAGGUUUUGUACGUUUUGUAAAGUCGAGUCGAUACAUCUGUCCGUGUGUCAUCUCAUCUCACUUCUCAUCUCAUCUCACUUCUCAUCUCAUCUCAUCUCAUCCAAAAUGUAAGCAAUGUUGUUACAAACAUGAACAUGGAACUAGAGAGCUCAUAGACCGACUUCUUAUUGUAUGUCGUUGUAUGAACUCGUCUGUAUCACGUAAAUACAUUCAUAGUGGAAGCACGUUGUAUGACUCGUGUGAGAGAGAGAUGUCUGAGGAGGGCCGACAAGGAAGUCCGUGUCUGUGUGACGUGACACGUCAUGUCUGUGUCGUGUCACGUCGCUGCCGCGCGGCGUGACGUCACACCAGAGCGAGACGGAGCGAGUGGGAUGACGUCAUCCGCUUACAAUGUACGUGUUGAUAAUUUCUAGUGGUUAAAUAUAACUUUAUAAAUAUG